AUGAAGUCGUUCUCACCCCUUACCACCUUGGCUAGCCUCCUCGCCCUAAACAUCAAGUACACCACCGCAGGUUGCUUUUCGAGCGGAGAGACUUGGCCAAGCGGCGAUAUUGAUUCACCCUCAUACCACGUUGAAAGAGCCUGCAAUGGGUACGAUGGUAUCCCAGGAGCAUUCCAAGGGUCAUACAAACCUGGAGAGAUUAAGCAAGCUUGUGUCCAGUACUCCAGCACAUCGCUCUACAUCUUUGAAGUACAGAAUCUCAGCCCCACUCAGACAUUGGAUUUGUACAACAAGAAUUGCGUUCUUCGUCUACAGAACGAGAUUAAGGGAUGUAACAAGGGAGGUGAAUCAUCCAUUGAUGGAUGGCGAUUUAAGGCCGACCCUAACAAUGGGAUUUGUGGUAGGUAA